UUCGCUAAUGUUAGCCUCUUUAAUAAAUAUCAAGUCCCAGGUAAGUGUUUUUGCUAAUAUUAGCCACCCACGUGAGCUGAAUAAAUAAGUCACGUUAGCUACCAACAUUAGCUAAAUAAAAAAAAAUUAUAUCCCGUCACAGGUAAGUUUAUUAGCCAACCUCGUUACUUCAGUAAAUAAUUAUCACGUGUGUUACCUAAUGUUAGCCAGCCUUGUUAGCUGAAUAUUGAGUAUAUAAAUCAAUACGGUAUCACGUUAGACUACCGUGAGCAGAGGGGAUAAGGGGGGUGACUCCAAACUGCACGAGUACACUCUCGGGCCAGUUGGAGUCGAUAGUUUGAAGAGAACCAAGUUUGAAAAUGAGAACUUGCACCACCAAGUGGUGGGUUGUCAAAACCUGUUCACUUGAUUGGAACAGGUGCUCUUGAUUGAGGGAAAUGUUUGGACAGGGAAUUUGACGCCGUGCAACCAGUGGGCUAGCUUGUUUGAUUUAUGGAAGCAGUUUUAGUUUAGAUGUUCGUGGGACGGUACCAAAGCGGUUCACAGGGCACUUAACCACGCCUCCUGAAGUGACGUCACGCCACGUGCGCUCACGUAAGACAAACGGACAACCAUUCAUCUGGUUCUGGUGCUAUGUCAACGCGCCACUGUAAGCAUCCGACACGAGCGCGGGCCCACUCCUGUCACCCUCAGCCAAUGGGCCACCGCCACCGAGAUGCCGCCUGACACCGCCAGCUGACUCGUUAUUGUUCUCCCGCGCCUACUUGCUCUUCUUAUUCGCCGGAUGGAUGUGAGCCGGGGUGCGUGUCCGUCUGCCGGAGUGACACGUUGGAGGAAGAGGCCUCGCCCGGCGGAUUCGCGCGACUGCAGACGCUGAGAAGAAAAUGUGGGAGGAGAGCUUUGAUAAGGAGCAGGACGUGGGCCAAAACCUGGACUACUCGCCCGUGUCGUGGCGCGAGUAUUUUGACCAAAUGGAGGACGUGAGCGUGGGCCAGGCCGACAGUCGAGACGUCUUCAGGGUUUACAAAGCGGGGUGUGAGGGCCCCCUGCUGGUUCUUCUGCAUGGAGGAGGACACUCGGCCCUGUCCUGGGCUGUCUUCACUACUGCAAUUGCCGCCAGAGUGGGCUGCCAAGUGCUCGCCAUGGACCUCAGGGGUCACGGUGAUACUCUGGUCCGCCAAUCGGAUGACUUCUCCACUCAAACCAUGUCCAGCGACGUAGCAAACGUGGUCCGAGCCUGCCACGGCGAGAUCCCUCCCCCCGUGGUCCUGAUUGGCCACGGUGUCGGCGGCGCCAUCGCGGUGCACACGGCGAGCAACGCGCUGAUGCCCACCACGGUGGGCCUCGUAGCCAUCGACGUUGUGGAAGGAAGUGCGAUGGAGGCGCUUCACAGCAUACAGAACUUCCUGAAGGGAAGACCCAAGUCCUUCAAGUCUAUGGACCACGCCAUCGAGUGGAGCGUCAAGAGCGGACAAAUCCGUAACCUGGAAUCCGCCAGAGUGUCCAUGGUCGGUCAGAUCAAAAGAUGUGAAGCGGAAGAGGCGGAAACGCUGGAGCGGGCCGGCCCGGUCAAGGACGUGGUGGAGGAACGCAACGAGGAGUUCUACGACCGAAGCUACGCCGAUGAAGAGCAGAACGCCGCCACGGAGGCCUGCGUCGGCGAAUGCCAGAGCAUCUACAAAUGGCGCAUAGACCUGUCCAAGUCCGAGAAGUACUGGGACGGCUGGUUUCGAGGAACCUCCAACCUGUUUUUGGCCUGCAACCUGCCCAAACUGCUCCUGUUGGCAGGAAUCGACCGGCUGGACCGAGACCUGACCAUUGGCCAGAUGCAAGGUAAAUUCAUGAUGCAGGUGCUGCCGCCCUGUGGUCAUGCAGUGCAAGAGGACAAUCCAGACAAAGUAGCAGACGCUGUGGCCGCGUUCCUGUUGCGACACAAGUUUGCGGAAGCUAGAAGAGAUAAAAGUCCACGCUCAACUUUAGAGAGCUGAAGUCUACCGAAAAGCCCCCGCCCCUCCCUCAAAAAAAAAAAAAGACCCAAACAGAAAACAGAUGGACGGAACACGACUCUCCAUUAUUGUCCCAUCUUCAUCACCGAUGCGGAAGCUGCUUCACAUCUUAACAUUAAAACGGACAAUUCAUUUGAAAUGUAGCGGCCAAUUCUGGUUUUUGCUCCCUUUGGAGUGGUGGUGGGG